AUGUCCUUCAAAGCGGUCAUUUUAGUGGGAGGUCCACAAAAAGGUGAGGAAUUAAAACGAGAUACACUCCGCCCACUUUUUUGUAUCUCUUUUCGCCUGUAAAACCGAAAAAGAAAAACUUGAAUCAUUUGACUCUGUCGUGAACAAUGAUACUUGCCGCUGGUGCACUAUUAUCUCUUUAUGCAUUUUUUCUAGUUUUACCUGUACUUAUUAUGGCGUAUGCGGCACAAAAUAAUCCACUUCGACUCUAAAUUUAUUUCCAAUCAAUCAACAUUUUUGAAAUCCAUAAGUAUUGUGAUUAUUCAUUAUUAUCACUCAAUUUUAAUUUAAUUUUUUUCCAAUAAAUAUGUGAGUUUGAUAUUUUUGUGUGUUGAGAAAUUUCAAUCGAUAUAAGUAAUAUUCGAAAGAACUUGAUAAUCCAGUCGAAAGUGAAAGUAUCUUUGGGGAUAUAAGGAAAACAAGAAUUACGAAUUUCUCGCAACGUUCCGCAUCAUUAAUUUUCCCUCUUGUGUGUGAAAAAUUUCACGAAAACCAAAGUUCAGAAAAAAUUCAUUCAAGAUUCAUCAAAUACAAAGAUCGGGCUAUAGUUUUCAUUUUUUCAAACAGUAAACAAAAAGUACAAAAAUGUCUAUCUAGGAUAAAUCAUGUGAAAAUAUUUGUGUUAAAUUUUCAGGUACAAGAUUUCGCCCAUUAUCACUUCAACUGCCUAAACCAUUGUUUCCAAUUGCUGGUGUUCCAUUAAUUGAACAUCAUAUCGAUCAAUUAAGUCAACUUUCCGGACUUUCUGAAAUAUUUCUUCUCGGAUUUUACUCAUCUGAUUUGUUUACCGAUUUUAUCAACAGAUGUCAGCAAACAUAUCGUGUCAGUAUUCGAUAUUUGGAAGAACCAAAUCCACUUGGUAAUUUUAUUUAUUUAUUAGAAAGUUGCAUUAAAAAUGUAUAUUUGAAGGCACUGCUGGUGGAAUAGUUUCUUUCAAAACUACAAUUCUUUCUGGUGAUCCAGAUGCGGUUUUUGUUAUCAAUGCAGAUGUCUGUGGAGAUUUACCAAUUGAAGAUAUGGGACAGGAAAUAAGCAAAUUAUCACAAGCUUCAUGUCUUUUGUUGACAACUGAAGCCACAAGACAACAAUCUGUUAAUUUUGGAUCGGUUAGUGUUUUCAUACGUCGCAUGCCUGGGGUAAUCGACCCGAGGAGGGGUUAUCACUCACCCCAGUUUUUGGAAGGGGAUGUCACUUGAGAAAACAUUUUGAAGAAAUUUUCUAAGCUUUGUACUCUAUCACUUAUUUGGAGUGAUUAAAAUUUCCACGAAUUUUGAUUCAAAAGUCGAUAAUUUCAACAUUUUCAUCCAAAUUUUGAAAAUUUUGGUUUUGAUUUAUUGUCAUAGGGAAUGCAAUUGUGGAAGCAUUGAAAAAAUUGAUAAUAAAUUAUAUCAAAGUUUUGAAACGUAUUUUUUUUGUAUUUGAAAAAUUAGAAUUUUUGAAUCGAAAUUUGACUCAAAAGCGGAGAAGAUGAGAAUAUUUGCCGAAGUGAAGCAAUUUUGAGCUAAAAAUUUAUAAAAAAUUUAGAUUGUCAAGUUUAUUUAGCUGAAAAUGAAAAAGGAAAGGGGGGGGGUUAUCCCUUUUGCCAGAAAUUUUCAAAAACAGGGGUGUGCACUGGUUGAUUUGAAACGAGGGUAUGCGACGUAUGAGUGUUUUUUAUGAAUUAUAUUGAAUUAUUUAAAUACAGCACGUUCAUUUUAUUAAAACUUCCGUUUUUUAGGUAGUUACUGAUUCAAAUGGUAAAGUAAUUCAUUAUGUUGAUCGUCCGACUACAUUCGUUUCAACCAAUAUUUCCUGUGGAGUUUAUUUGAUAAAAUCUCAAGUUCUCCAGGUAAAUAAUUGAAUUUAUUUCGAAAACAUAGAAUUAAUUAUAUAGAAACUUGAUCUUCCACUGAAUGGCGAUGGAAUUUGGCUUGAAACUGAUAUCUUACCAGAACUUGCUGCUUCUGGUAAUUUAUACGCUUUGCACACUACAAGAUGGUGGAGUCAAACUAAAACAGCAGCGUAAGAUUUUUUUUCAAUGGUCAUAAAUUUCAUUCUGGUUUUUACUAUUUUCAGCGCUGUUCUUUACGCUAAUCGACAUUACUUGAGAUUGUACAAAAAAAGAUAUGCGGCAAGAUUAUGUAAAAAUGGAGCACAAAUAAUUGGUGAUGUUUUUAUUGAUCCAAGUGCAAAAGUAGAUCCAACUGCCAAAAUUGGGCCAAAUGUUAGUAUUGGACCAAAUGCGAUCAUCGGAAAGGGUGUGAGAAUAAAGGUUCGUAUUCAUACAAUUUGGAGUAUUAUGUUCAAUUAAAAAAUUCUUCAAUUAGGAUAAUUUUAGGAAUCAAUUAUUCUUGCCGAAGCAAAUAUCGAAGAAAAUGCAUGUGUUCUUCAAUGUGUUAUUGGCUGGAGAUCUGUUGUUGGACCAUGGGCUAGAAUUGAAGGAAUACCUCAUGAGCCAAAUCCGAAUGUUCCAUUUGCAAAGGUAUGUUUUUUAUUUUAUUUUGAAAAUAUUAUAGAAGAAUUGUAAAAAUAAAUUAACGAUGAAUUGGUAUUUUUAGUUUUUCGGAGAAACAAAUUUACUGAAAGUAAUUGUUUUGAAAUUAUGUAUAAAGUGAACUACAGUAAUCCAGAAUUCAUUCCGAAUUUGUUUCCGAAGUUGGGAUUUCUUAAAGUUAUCCAAUUAUUUUGUCGUUCAAAUUUAAAAAAUUAUAAUAAAACAUGGCUUUUUAAAAUUUAAAUUCUGUAAAAUAUUGUAAUUUUUAUUAGUAAAUGAUUGCUCUGAAAGUUGAAAUUUUGCAACGUCAUAACUUUGUUUUUGAAAUAAGAGCUUCACAAUUUAUGAGGAGAUAAUUGUAAUCAGCAGAACGAAAUCCACCGGAAAAAGUUCAUUAAUCAAAAAAAAAAACAAAGUGAGGUUACCUUAUUAAAAAUAUUUUUGACCUACGUCUAAAAGUUUCAAAAAAAUAGGGGAUUAUUCGGGACAUCGUUACUAUAAUUCCAAGUUUUUCUGAAAAUGUUUAGAUUGACACAAUGUUUCACAAUCAUAAAAAAUGAAAAUUUUAGAUGGAAAACAAGCCAUUGUUCCUUGCCGAUGGUCGACUUACACCAUCUCUCACAAUUUUAGGAUCAGAUGUUUCUGUUGCCGCUGAAACUAUCAUUUUGAAUUGUGUCGUUUUACCAUACAAAGAGUUGACAUGUAGUUAUAAAAAUCAAAUUAUUCUCUAA